UUAAAAACAGAGAAAAAAUAAAUAAGAAUGGUAAAAGUCUAUGUGAGGGCGCCGAUAAAGCGAAGGAAGGAAUGGUCAGCUGGUCGCCGAGUUCUCUCACAACAACAUUGCAUCACGCUGCCUCACCCCACGGCUGGCACUCUCAGGCAGGGAAAGGCAGCAGUGUCACCUGUGCUUGUAACACUGGUGUGAGCAGCAGCAGGCAGGAUGGUGGUGGGCAGUGGUGGUGGCAGUGCCCAGAGGGUGCCUCGACUCAUGGGUAACCCGGCCAAUAUUCGGAACCUGUGCAUCAUGGCCCACGUUGACCACGGCAAGACUUCCCUGGCAGACGCCCUGGUGGCCUCCAAUGGUCUGAUCAAUCAGCGGCAGGCCGGACGCAUCAGAUACAUGGACAGCCACAAGGAGGAGAUAGAGCGUGGCAUCACCAUGAAGAGUUCCUGCGUGUCCCUGGCCUACAGUCGUCCAGAUGGAGACUACCUUGUCAACCUUAUUGACUCUCCGGGCCAUGUGGAUUUCUCAUCUGAGGUGUCUACUGCAGUGCGGCUGUGUGACGGGGCCAUCAUUGUGGUGGAUGUGGUGGAGGGUGUGUGUGCCCAGACCAAGGUGGUGUUGAGGCAAGCCUGGCUGGAGGACAUCCGGCCUGUAUUGGUGCUUAACAAGAUUGACCGCCUUGUCCUGGAGACCAAGCUGAGCCCCCUCGACUGCUACUACCACAUUGCACAGGUUUUGGAGCAGGUUAAUGCAUACAUGGGUGAACUGUACAACACCACACUCCUGGGUAAGAGCAGUACAGAGAUGGAAAGACAGAAGACUGAGAGGGAGAGGCGAGCUUCUGAGAGGGAGAGAAAGGUGUCAGAAUCCAUGACAUCUGACACUCCAAUCAAUUUUGCUGACUGGGGCAUUGAGACGACAGAUGACUCUGACCUGUACUUCUCCCCUGAACUUGGCAAUGUGGUGUUUGCCAGUGCCUAUGAUGGCUGGGGAUUCAGUAUCCACCACUUUGCCAACCUGCUCUCAGCCAAGUUAGGGAUGAACAAAGAAGUGCUGAACAAGACCCUGUGGGGAGAUUACUACAUCACCAGUAAGGGUGGUGAGAAGAGGAUCAUGAGUGGUGCCAGAGACAAGCGCAAGAAUCCUUUGUUUGUAACCCUCAUCCUAGAGAAUUUGUACAAGGUUUACAACACUGUCAUGGUUCAGAAGGACAAGAAGGAGGUUGAGAAGUUGUCUGACGUCCUGGGAGUCAAAAUUCCCAUGACUGUUUCUAAGUCAACAGAUCAUCGAAAUAAACUGAACUUUCUGAUGAAUGGAUGGUUGCCCUUAGCCCCAGCAGUGCUGGAAAUGGCAGUGGAUCACUUGCCUAGUGCCUCGGACAUCUCUGAAGAGCGUGCAAUGAAGCUCAUGUGCUCUGCCACCCAUAGGUUUGAUUCAUUGCCUCAGCAAACUCAGGAACUCAAGCAGGCAUUCAUCAGUUGCAGCAGGAAUGAGACGGCGCCCAUCAUUGUGUAUGUGUCAAAGAUGUUUGGUGUUCAGAGGAAGAACUUGCCUCAGGAUCAAUCAGGGCGAGCAGCAUUCACUGGGGGAGGGGGAGGACAGGGGAUGGUGACAGAGGAAGACUUAUUGGCUCGUAGGGAAGAGAUUCGGCGUAGAAGGGAAACAACCAGCUGUCAUGACGGCUCAGCUACUGAACUUUCACUCUCUGAAGAUGAGGUGGCUGAGAUGAAGAGGAAGCAUGAACAGCUUUUAGAGGACAAGAGAAAAGCUGAGGAGGAACGACAAAAAUGGCUUGAGGAAGAAGUGUUUAUUGCCUUUGCUCGAGUGUUCAGUGGAACACUUACAGUGGGGCAGAAGGUGUAUGUGUUAGGACCAAAGCAUGACCCCAGCACAGUUCUGAGUCAUCUGAGUGAAGACAAGGAGAUUGAUGAGGAAGAGAUCAAGAACUUUAAGCACAUCCACACGUGUGAGGUUAAUGGUCUGUACCUCAUGCUGGGAAGAGAGCUGGAGCAGCUGGAGUGUGCCCCCGCAGGUUUGGUGGUGGGCAUCACUGGGCUUGAGGGGUGUGUCAUCAAGAGUGCAACUCUGUCCUCCACCUUAGCCAUGCCUGCCUUCACUGAGCUCACCCUUGGAGCCACACCCAUCCUGAGGGUGGCAGUGGAGACCCAUGACCCCAGGGACCUCCCCAAAUUACGAGCUGGACUCAAGCUUCUCAACCAGGCCGACCCUUGUGUACAGGUGGCCCUGCAGAGCAGCGGGGAAUAUGUCAUCGUGACGGCUGGAGAGAUUCACCUCCAGCGGUGCGUUGAUGACCUUCAGGAGCGGUACGCUGGUGUGCCCAUCAAGACCUCUGACCCCAUUGUGCCCUUCAGAGAGACCAUCAUUCCUCGGCCCACGGUGGACAGGCUGAAUGAGGCCAUUGAGGGGGAGAAUGUCAAUGUCAGGAAGACUGACAACAAUGAUCCCUUGGGAGCGGUGGAGGUGAACGGGCGGCUUGGCAAGCUGACGGUCCGAGCGGUGCCCCUCCCCAGCUCAGUCACUCUCCUGCUCCAGCAGCAUGAAGACAUGGUGUCCCUGGUGGGUGGCACUGGCACUACAGAUUCCACAGACCUCCAGGACCCUGCCUCUGGGAAGGAAGGAGAGAAGGAAGACACUCUCCAAAUGCAGGAUCUUGCUAAGGCUCUUGAGAACAGGCAGAAGCUCAACAGGGAAGCUGUGACAGCAAUAGCUCAGCUGAAGUCUUCUCUUGACAAGGCAUUCCAGGAAGCUGGAGGAGAGUGGAAGAAUGCAAUCAAUGAGAUCUGGAGCUUUGGCCCAGAUGGACGAGGCCCAAACAUUCUAUUGAACCGCAUUCCAGCCUACACCAGACACUCUGUCUGGGAAAAGGCCACUACUUCAGACUCCCCACUGGCCCCCUAUGACACCAGCUUUGUCACUGGCUUCCAGAUGGCCACCAAGGCUGGCCCUCUGUGUGAGGAGCCCAUGAUGGGUGUGUGUUUUGUGGUGGAGGACUGGAGCCUCGCUCCAGCCACCAACACAGGACCUAGUGAAGAAAACACCAGGACAGUCAACAUUUCCUCAGGACAGAUCAUUUCCCUCUCCAAAGACAACCUGAGGAAAGCGUUUGAGCAGCAGUGUCAGCGGCUGGUGUGUGCCAUGUACUCCUGCGUCAUCAGUGUCACCUCGGAGGUGGUGGGCAAGAUGUACAGUGUGAUUGGCAAGAGGCAGGGCAGGGUGGUGGACGGAGACAUAACAGAAGGCUCCACCUCCUGGAACGUCACUGCCUACCUACCUGUUGUGGAGAGCAUGAACUUUGCCAAUGAGCUGAGGAAGUCUACGUCAGGAGAGGCGAUGCCCCAGCUGGUGUUCUCACACUGGGAGGUGCUGGACAUUGACCCUUUCUGGGAGCCACAGACAACUGAGGAACUCACACACUGGGGAGAAAAGUUUGACAGUGCUAAUGUGGCUCGCAAGUACAUCAAUGCAGUGAGGAAGAGGAAAGGCCUGGCCAUUGAUGAAAAGAUUGUGGAGUUUGCAGAAAAGCAGAGAACUUUAUCAAAAAAUAAAUAAUGACAUUUUUAAAGCAGUACAUUGGAAACAGUGGCAAUGACUAAUUCACUAUAUUCCAAAAUUUUUGUUGUAUCACUAAUAAAGCAUUUAUUUAUUG